ACCUUCAAGGGCAUGCCAGGCAAUCCUGAACUCUUCAGAAGCCCUGAUUUCCUUAGAGGAGCCUCCUCUAAAGAGAAGCCGUGCAAACUGGACUGUUGCCUCAUCUGACCUGCCGAACAUUUCCACCUUUGCGUUUACAGGGAUGAGGUGACCAUUCAGAUGCCAGAGUGCAUGAUCAGCAUAUGAGGAGAAUAAAGUACAGCACACGGUACACAAGCAAAAUGUCCAAACAAAAAAAAAACAAAUCAGGAACUACACACAGCUGGCAAGUGUGGGCCAUCUACAUGCUCUUAGCUGCAAACCUCUCUGAACAGCAAGCGCUGAAGCAGGCUUGUCCUUCAUGCAGUGAUGCUCAGCUUUGCAACUGCUCUUCCAUGGGCUUGGACUUCAUUCCCCCAGGGCUCACCGCCAAAAUCACAAUGUUAAACCUGGCCCACAACAGGAUAAAGCACAUCCGAUCCCAGGACCUGCAGCAGGCUGUGAACCUGAGAGCCCUGCUGCUGCAAGCCAACAAAAUCAGCUCCAUAGAUGAAGACUCGUUUCAGUCCCUGGCAAAACUGGAGCUCUUGGACUUAUCAAAUAACAGCUUGGCUCACUUGUCCCCUGUGUGGUUUGGGCACCUUUUCUCACUCCAGCACCUCCACCUUCAAGGCAAUUUCUACAGAGACCUGGGAGAAAGCUCUCCCUUUUCUGGUCUGAGGAACCUGAGCUCUCUCCGCCUGGGCAACCCACGGUUCUCUGUGAUAAGGCAAGGGAACUUUGAGGGCAUUGAGCUUCUCAACAAGUUGUGGAUUGAUGGUGGUAAUCUCAGUCAGUAUGAGCAGGGAAGUUUGAAAUUGAUUAAGAAGAUAAAUCACAUGGUCAUAAACCUAAGAAAUAGUGAUGUAUUCUCAGAAAUUGUUAGGGACCUUCUGCACUCUGUGACUUGGCUAGAAGUGAGAGAAAUCAAAUUAGCAGUUGAAAUAAAAAGCUUGGUGCAGAACUCUACACGUCCUUUUAGGAUGCAAAAACUUACGUGUAAAGAUGCUUUCUUCACAGACCAGUCUAUUAGCCGAUUAUUGGUAUUAUUGAAGGAAAUCACCUCUUUACGAGAGUUAGAGGCAAUAGAUUGUGCGCUUGAUGGGAGGGGUGUAUGGAACACUAAAGAAAUUGCAAGCAGUGGGCAAAGUUUUGUUGAAACAAUAUCAAUAAUAAAUAUAAUGAUUCAGAGUUUUCAUCUGUUUGUUGACCUAGAAGGUAUGGAGUCACAAGUAAACAAACUGAAAAGACUCACUGUUGCAAGCUCUAAAGUUUUCAUGGUACCAUGCAAGCUUGCAAGACAUUUUUCAUCACUUACGUAUCUAGACUUUAAUGAUAAUUUGCUUGUAAAUAAUCGUUUAGAUGAGACAAUCUGUAAAGAUGCCUGGCCUUCACUGCAAACUCUAAAUCUAAGUCAAAACUCUCUAAAAUCUCUGAAAUGGACUGCAAAAUAUGUAUCUCGUCUACCCAAACUGAAUAAUCUUGACAUUAGCCAAAAUAAUUUUGGUGAGAUUCCAGAUGCAUGCGAAUGGCCAAAAACCCUGAAAUAUUUAAACCUCUCCAGCACUCAAAUUCCUGAAGUAACGACCUGCAUUCCCCCAACGCUGGAGGUUUUGGAUGUUAGUGCUAACAAUCUGAAGGAGUUUGGACUGCAGCUCCCAUUUCUGAAAGAGCUGUACCUCACAAAAAACCAGCUGAAGACCCUGCCUGGUGCUGCACCCAUUCCAAACUUAGUGGUCAUGUCAGUCAGGAGAAACAAGCUCAACAGUUUCUCCAAGGAAGAGUUUGAGUCCUUCAAGAGAAUGGAGCUGCUGGAUGCCAGUGACAACAACUUCAUCUGCUCCUGUGAAUUCCUCUCCUUCAUCCACCACCAGGCUGGGAUAUCCCAAGUGCUGGUGGGGUGGCCAGACAAGUACGUCUGCGACUCUCCGCUGGCGGUGAGAGGGGCCCAGGUUGGAGCUGUACACCUGUCCCUGAUGGAGUGCCACAGGUCCCUCAUGGUGUCAUCGAUCUGCAUCCUGGUGUUCCUGGUCAUCCUCAUCCUUGUAGCUGUUGGCUACAAGUACCACGCGGUCUGGUACCUGAGGAUGACCUGGGCGUGGCUCCAAGCCAAGCGGAAGCCCAAGCGAGCCCCGCCAAAGGACAUCUGCUAUGACGCUUUUGUCUCCUACAGUGAGAACGACUCCGACUGGGUGGAAAACAUAAUGGUGCGGGAGCUGGAGCAGGCCUGCCCUCCCUUUCGCCUCUGCCUCCAUAAGCGGGACUUUGUGCCUGGGAAGUGGAUAGUGGACAACAUCAUUGACUCCAUUGAGAAGAGCCACAAAACGCUCUUUGUGCUGUCCGAGCACUUUGUGCAGAGCGAGUGGUGCAAAUACGAGCUGGACUUCUCACAUUUCCGCCUCUUUGAUGAGAACAACGAUGCGGUGAUUCUUGUCCUCCUGGAGCCCAUCCAGAGCAAAACCAUUCCCAAGAGGUUCUGCAAGCUGCGGAAGAUCAUGAACACAAAAACCUACCUGGAGUGGCCUCUUGAAGAAGAGCAGCAGCAGAUGUUUUGGGCAAACCUGAAAAGAGCCUUGAAGUCGUAGAAGAACUCAGCAGCUCCCAUUUCAACGUAUGUCUGCAAAAGGCUCUAUGUCAGUGUUUCUUCUUGCUAAGAAUUUUUUUUUCUUAUUUUUCUCUCAAAAUACAGCUGGCUUUGUUGUGUGCAGAAAUAAUUGUCAUGUUACUCACUGAAAAAGGACCACUUUUUGCUUUCCAGUAAUCUGAUUCUCUGGUCUUUCAAAAUCUCUGCCAAUAACUAUAACAUUUGGAAGCUAUAUUGGACUAUAUAUACUUUUCUGAAUACAUUUAGCGGAGUGUAGGAUAUUUCUGUACUUUUUUCUGCUCUUACCACUAUUCCCAACUCGUCUCUAACAAUGCCACUGCAAUUUACAAUUUAAAUUAAACGCCAAGGACUUCAA